CCAGAGAGAGACUGUCGCGGGCAGGCGCUUUCCCCAGCGCCCCCCCGUCCUUCGCCGCCCGGCGGGUCCCGCCCGCCCCCGCCCUCCGAGCCGCGCGUCCUCGGAGCGGAGGAUGAUGAAGCUCAAGUCCAACCAGACGCGCACCUACGACGGGGACGGCUACAAGAAGCGGGCGGCCUGCCUGUGCUUCCGCAGCGAGAGCGAGGAGGAGGUGCUGCUGGUGAGCAGCAGUCGCCAUCCAGACCGAUGGAUCGUGCCCGGGGGUGGCAUGGAGCCCGAGGAGGAGCCCGGCGUGGCCGCCGUGCGCGAGGUCUGUGAGGAGGCUGGAGUGAAAGGGACGUUAGGAAGAUUAGUGGGAAUUUUUGAGAACCGGGACAGGAAGCACAGGACUUAUGUUUACGUACUCAUCGUCACCGAAGUGUUGGAGGACUGGGAGGACUCUGUCAAUAUUGGAAGGAAAAGGGAAUGGUUUAAGAUAGAGGAUGCCAUAAAAGUUCUGCAGUAUCAUAAACCAGUGCAGGCCUCAUAUUUUGAGACCUUGAGGCAAGGCUGCCUGGCCAACAACGGCACCCCGGUGAUGAGCACGCCGUACUCCGAGAGCUCCGUGUCCGACAUCAGAUGACUGACGAGGUCCCUGCCAGAGCAAUUCCCAAAAGCAGACUGAGACCUGGAUUUCCCUCCCCUCCCUGUCCCCAUGCCUCCUCCCUCACACCAGGCAUGGGCAGCUGCCUGGGGCAGAGCAAGUGUUCAGAGUGCUGCGAUUUAGUGCAAGGUGGGAUGAUUUUUUUUUUGUUGGCUUUUUUUGGGGUUUUUUUUUUGGUUUUUUUUUUUGGGUCUGUAUUUUGUAAAAUACAUUUUGUGCAUGAAGUGCCCCUUCCCCGGUACUCCGCUCCACGGCCUGGAGGCUGCCAGCCCCGCCUCUGCCUUGUGCUCUGAAGUGUCCCAAGUGUCCCCUUCGUGUUCACCCCAGCCAGAGCCACUUUUUUUUUUUUCUUUUUUUAAGUAAAAGACUUCCAAUGUGAGAUCAGCUUUUCAAGUCUUAGUCUGUACUGUAAGGUGCUGCUCAGACCCGCGUGGGGAUCACUCGCAGCACAUCUGUAUAAACUUUUUUUUUAGAUGGAGGAUCUAACAUUUGCGGGAAUUUUUUUUUUUAAUCCUGGUCUGCUUCUGAAAAGAAGGGUUCAUAAUUAAUCCGUUUGCCUUUUGUUCUGUUUUUUAAAAACACACGUUCUGUGACAGUGCUAGUGGCUGGGCCAGUUUACUCCCCAAUGCAGUAUCUCCCGAUUUAGUGCAGUGACACUUGAAGUCGAGGGCAGAGUUGGGAUCACCUGCAGCCAUCCCUGCGGCUUCUCCGACAGCUCCCGCCAACGUUUCUGCCUUUCCACCCGAGGAAAGCGCACGGAGCUGGGCUGGAACCGCUGGCCAAAACCAACCAGCCUGAGCAGCUGUGACAGCACCCUGAUGGCACCCUGCAGUGGGAGCUGGGGCUGCAGGGGGUCGGACGGACAGCCAGACAGCCAGCCUGCAGUGUGGCUCACCAGCGCUGUCCCUGCUCCCUGCUCGCGUCUCUCUUGUCCACAUGCCUUACGCCGUGCUGAGCUGGACACUUGGGCUUUGUGCUGCAGCAUCGGAUCGUGCUCACCGCAGAACCGCGUGGCCCUGGAGAGAAAAGGGGAGGGGGGAAAAUUCAGGUGUUCAGUCUCUUGUCCUGUGGUUCUGCAGCACUUGGGGUGGCAGCGUGGAGCGUGCUUGAGGUGUGCCCUCCCUGAAAGGUACAGCUGCCUCCUGCAGGCAGCAUUCCCGGGGGAGCAGCACAGGAGAGCUCCCCGAGCGUUGGCACACUUCACACGGGCGUUUGUUGUUUUAUUGCUGUAAGUUUCAUGCUGUCUUGAU